CAGGGCCCGCCGACCGGGGAGGUCGCUGCAGAGUUCGUGAUGGCGGCCGCGGCGCUGAUCAGGAAGGGCGCCUCCAGCUGCUCUCGGCGCUGCGUCCUAGGGGGCUUGUUGCCGCUCUGGCGGCGGGGCUGCGCCGGGAUCCCGGUGGAUGAUACGGUGAAUGGUCUGAGCGCGGAGCAGCGGCAGCUUAGGCAAACCAUGACCAAAUUCUGUCAGGAACACUUAGCUCCAAAGGCUCAAGAAAUUGAUCGAGAGAAUGAAUUUAAAGGUAUGAGGGAGUUCUGGAAGAAGCUCGGGGAGCUAGGAGUUCUGGGAGUAACUGUUCCAGUUGAAUGUGGUGGAUCAGGGAUGGGCUAUCUGGACCAUGUACUGAUAAUGGAAGAAAUAUCUCGGGUUUCAGCAGCAGUUGCAUUAAGCUACGGUGCUCACUCAAAUCUGUGCAUCAAUCAGUUAGUGAGGAAUGGCAACGAAGCACAAAAGGAGAAAUAUUUGCCCAAGUUGAUUAGUGGAGAGCAUAUUGGAGCACUAGCGAUGAGUGAAGCCAAUGCUGGUUCUGAUGUUGUCUCUAUGAAGCUGAGGGCAGACAAAAAAGGGGAUUAUUUUGUUCUGAAUGGAAACAAAUUUUGGAUUACUAAUGGGCCAGAUGCUGAUGUUCUAAUUGUUUAUGCUAAAACAGAUUCCAAUGCUGUUCCAGCUUCUCGCGGUAUAACAGCAUUCAUUGUGGAAAAGAAUAUGCCUGGUUUCAGCACAGCACAAAAACUGGAUAAACUGGGAAUGAGAGGGUCAAAUACCUGUGAAUUAAUCUUCGAAGACUGCAAGAUUCCUG